GUGAGUGGGCGUGGUGUUGGUAGUCGUCUGCCUAUUAAUACACCCUCGUGGAUUUCAGCGUUUUUCAAACUCCCUACAGCCGCGCGCAAAACGAAGCAAAAAAGAAAAGAGAAGAAAAACCCUACUAUUUCUAUCCGUCGAUACAGAGAAAGCUCCAGAUCUCUCAUCUCAGCUUCAAAACGCCUCCGACAACCUCCGUCCCUACGAUCUUCUCUCCAUCUCAGUGAAAUUACCGGAUUCUGAUCGUAUUCCGCUUGUUUGGAGAUGCAGAUCAUGAAAUAGUUCGCCGAUUGUUCUCGUUUUCAGCUUUAAUUUCACCGAUCGCUGACAGAUCGAUGUUCCAAGGAGUAGAUACCUACGUUUUCUAACAGAUCUUGACGAUACGGACCGAUCAAGACCAGAUAUACAGCGUUUUGAGAAAUUUAGAGAAAAUUGCCCUGUUUCGAUCGAAGAUCUCUACGAAUUAUCUCCCUAUUCCAGUCCGUUGCCGAAUUCCGGUGCUUAUACGCGUAUUUUUAUCCGGAAUACAAUUCAAGUACACAGAUACGCAUCUGCCUACUGUAUUUCAUAUGGAUCUCGGAAGAAAGGUGAUUGAAAAGCUGGAAUCCUAGGCAAUUCAGUUCGGCGGAUAGCUUGAGAGCUUGGAGCGGAUGACACGCUCCUUUUGAACGGAACAGUAUGGGUGUGGAAGAAAAAGCAUGUAAAGAAGUCCUUUCAAGGUUUUUUUUCUUAUAAUCAAAAAAGCCGCGAAAACUUCAUCAUCAAUCCGAAAAGCAUUCUGCUUUAACAUGCCGGUUGAUGUUGAUAAAGGCAGGAGGAACGUAAGGAAAGCAAGCCAGAAAUGCAUGCCAUGAAGCCGAAUGACGCUCCUAAGUCAGAGACCUCAAAACCGAGGGAUCGGCACAUCGUAACAUGGACUCCUCAGGAGGAUGAUAUGCUUAGAGAGCAGAUCACCAUCCAUGGAACUGAAAGCUGGACAGCUAUUGCAGCGCAAUUCAAGGAUAAAACAGGCAGGCAGUGCAGGAGAAGAUGGUACACAUAUUUGAAUUCAGACUGCAAGAAAGGAGGGUGGACGCCGGAGGAAGACAUGAUCUUAUGCGAGGCUCAAAAGAUAUUUGGUAACCGAUGGACUGAAAUUGCAAAGGUGGUUUCAGGCAGAACAGACAAUGCGGUGAAGAAUCGCUUCUCUACCCUUUGCAAGAAACGAGCAAAACGUGAGGCAUUGUCAAAGGAGAACAACAAUGCAUACAUCACUCCAAAUAACAACAUGGUUGUAUUUCAAGAUGGUUGCAUAGCAGCCAGAAUGUCUGAAUCAAUAGAGCCACUAAAGAAAAUCAGGACCCAUAUCUCAGACUUCACAGAAAAUUACAACAUGAAAGAAGGAUUGUUUGGGGGCUGUGGAACAGAAAAACAACAGCUAAGACCUCCUCUGGCAGUGCUGGUUCAAAACUUCAAUAACGCAGGCAACUUACCAAUGCAGCAUCAUGCCACCAACAAUGAUCCAGCCUGCAGUGAUGUAUUAAAUAAAAAGGUUCAGGGAACCUUCCUUAGAAGGGAUGAUCCAAAGAUUUCCGCUUUGAUUCAACAAGCAGAACUACUCAGCUCGCUCGCAGUGAAAGUUAACACAGAGAAUACCAAUCAGAGCAUUGAGAAUGCUUGGAAGGAACUCCAAGAUUUCUUACUGCGAACUGAAGAAAAUGAGAUGCUGAGAAGCAAGAUUGCUGGAAUGGAUUUUCUACUAGAAGACUUCAAGGACCUAGUGGAGGAACUAAAGAGUGGUAACAUGGGGAAUACGCUAUCAUGGAGGCAACCUGAUUUAUGUGAGGAUUCCCAAGGCAGUUCUGAGUAUAGCACUGAAUCAACACACCAGUUGCUUGCCUCAGAUAAUAAGAAGGAUGGGCAUCAAGCCAAGGAAUGUUCUCUAAACCACAAUACCAAUACUGAGAUGCACAUGAAUCAUAGAGAAGUAGAGAUUGGUAGUGGUUGUGAUGAUGGACUUUGUGCUAGCAAGAGCGCGGAUCAAGUGGCAGUCCUUCCAUCUUUUGAUGAACCAAAAGAUGGUGAUGGAAUCAUGUCUGCCUUAAUGAAUACUGAGUUCAGCUCCCCAGUUCAAAUGAUCCCACCAUUCCAGACCUUCGCAGAGGGAAUUCCAAGCCCAAAAUUUUCAGAGAGUGAGAGGCAUUUCCUACUGAGGACGCUUGGUGUAGCAUCCCCAAACACAAACACCAACCCUUCUUGCAGAAGAGCACUCCUCCAGAGUCUCUGACCCAUACCCCUAUAAAGCCCUAUCAUCUACUGCUCAAAAACUCAGUUCUCUAGGAUAUUCUAGGAAGUCCCGGAACAUCCUCUUGGCAUUCCAGCAUUCAGUCUGAAUUUACUAAAAAUCGCUCUUAAGUCGUUUUCCGGGGUCUGCUUCUCGAAUUCAGUUUUGAUAGUUUGCAGACCUUUCCAACCUGAUGCUUUACCAAAGAGACAUUGUUCUAGAUUCUAGAAUGUUCUGCAACAUGCUCUGAGGAUUCUCGUAUUUUGCCCGAUUUCUGGCCCCAUCUUACGCUGAAUUUCACUCUGUUUGCUUGUCGAAUCACACCAAUCUUUCUUCUUCUUGGAUGUGGUUUUUGAUAUUCAAGGUCUGGUUUUAAUAUUGAUUUAUCAUUUGUACAUAAACUACAUGAUAAAACCCUAGUUCUUCUAGAGUGUAAUUAUAGUCGUUGGCGCCACCAUAUCACAAGGUGGAGGAUAAAAACAGAAAAGAGAAAACAGGGAGAGAGAGAAGGAGGACAGCUGAAGUGGAUUCCUAUUUGUUUGAAUUGUGUGUGCAGAGUAUUAACAAAGAUAAGAGGUUUUGGUUUUCUAAUGGAUGUAAGUAGGCCUUGUAUUCUUAUAUGAUUGGAAAUGAGGAUUUUGAUAUAGGUUUUGUGUUUUA